AUGAACUCAGAUUUGCUGUCGUUGGCCCAGGGACGAAAACAGGAGUUGCUGUCAGCCGACAAAAGAAAGGAUGAAUAUAUUCGAUUCGGUAAAAGAAAAGAUGACUCAGUUGAUUACGUACUUUUCUCGGUGCUUGAUAAUGAAAACAAGUUUAAGGUAAUUUGCCUGCAGUAG